AUGAGGUCUUCUGAUCUUCUAAUUUCUGCUUUAAACUCUCCUGCAUCUCUCCGUCUCCCAGCACUCAAAUUAUUUGAUAACACAACCCUCCACACAUUACUGUCUGGCACCAAAAUAGAAAGCAGCUUUGCGGCCCUUCGGCCUACCUCCACAUUACCAAAGAAGAUAUCAAAGGAGACAGCCUUCAGAUGGCAGAAGAAUCUGUGGUGGGGUGUGGUGUUUGCACAGCAUCCUCUGUUAAAGAGGGAGACCACAGGGGCCUGGCGCAUAAACUCAUGUGCAAGCAUAAACGUUCAGAUUGGNUUUGGGUUCCAUAUGUUGAUGCAUAUCCAAGAUAUCAAAGGAGACAGCCUUCAGAUGGCAGAAGAAUCUGUGGUGGGGUGUGGUGUUUGCACAGCAUCCUCUGUUAAAGAGGGAGACCACAGGGGCCUGGCGCAUAAAUUCACGUGCAAGCAUAAACGUUCAGAUUUGNUUGGGUUCCAUAUGUUGAUGCAUAUCCAAGAUAUCAAAGGAGACAGCCUUCAGAUGGCAGAAGAAUCUGUGGUGGGGUGUGGUGUUUGCACAGCAUCCUCUGUUAAAGAGGGAGACCACAGGGGCCUGGCGCAUAAACUCAUGUGCAAGCAUAAACGUUCAGAUUGGGAAGUUGGAUAG